AGUUCGCCGCGCGCUAAUUGGAGACUCGACAGCUCUGGUCUGUCUUCUAAUUCCCCGCCCCUUCAGAGAAAAAGAAAAGGGAAGGGGGGAAAAGGCAGGCCUGCACGUGGAGUCGAAUUGAGCAAACAGGAGGAUUAAGUUACGUGUGAUUGCAGACUUCACCAAUGGGCGAGGCUCGGGCUCUGAGCAAAGCUGAAGCAGUGCGCCUCGGCCCGCCCGACUGGAAGCAGGCUUGUCAUGCCCUUCUGUAUGCACCUUGUCCCGGCCGCCUUUUCGGGAAGAUCCCGUUGCGUUUCGCGGUGCUGAUGCAGAUGCGGUUUGAUGGACAUCUGGGAUUUCCUGGUGGAUUUGUGGACCCAGGGGACAUCUGCCUAGAAGAGGGACUGAAUAGGGAGCUUCAUGAAGAGUUAGGCCCUGGCGCUGCUUCGCUGCAUGUGGCUGAGAGUGACUACUUGAGCUCCCAUGCCUCCGAGAAGCCACAGCGAGUAGUGGCACACUUCUAUGCCAAACAGCUUAGCCUGGAGGAGCUCCGGACUCUAGAGGACAGGGCCACUCAGGCAAAAGAUCAUGGCUUCGAGGUGAUGGGGCUUAUCCGUGUCCCCCUCUAUACCCUGCGUGAUGGUGUUGGGGGGCUUCCAGCUUUCCUUAGCAACACUUUCAUUGGCAAUGCCCGGGAGCAGCUGAUUCAUGCCCUGGACAUUCUCCAGCUUGUGCCAGGAGAGCAACUUCAGAAGGCUGUUACUGUGGCCCAGAAGAGACCUUGAUUGUCAUUGGUGGUGGCUAUCACAUUCCUUCCCCUGAUGGUUAUGUAACUGGAUUCCCCCAAGAACAUCAGACUCUUGAAUGCAGCAGCUGUAAGGGAGAAAUCCAAGAACGUGGGAAGAAAGGUUUUCCCUCUCUUACCUUCUCCCCCUGUGCCCUGUGUGAGUGGCUCACUGCCUCUGAAUCUAGCCUAAAAUGAUUCAAAUUUCCAGGUGGUUGUGUGUUUAAAUUACUGAAGAUUUCUGUCUGGCUUGGAUCUAGUUAGGCAAGAGUUAAGAGUGAAGCCACCUAGUCCUCCUCUUGCCUUUGGAGCAUGUGUGUUUGUAUAUAGAUAUAUAUGAUACACAUGCGUGCACAUAUACAGGGUUUCUUGGAUUUGGAGAAUGAUACUACAAAUAACGCACUGACUCAUCUAUGGCUACUAUUUUUCCAUCCAUAAACCUGCUGCUUCCUUGAA